AUGUUUGAAAAAUUCGACGCCAGUCUCACAACAGUCAUUGAAAAAUCUAAUGAGAAUCUACGCAAAUUGUUGGCUCAUUCAGAGGGAUUAAUGAGCAAACUCUUCAAAUCGACACUACUUCGAAUGGAAGCUCUCAGCAACAGUUUCGAACGAGCGGUCAGAAGCAUGUCUGCUGAUGUGACAGAUUCGAUGAGUCACCUUCACACAGCCAUGUCCACACUGAGCACCAGUGCUUUAUGGACAGUGGAACAAGAGAAAAAGGAUGAAGAGCGUCGGGCCAACAACGUAAUCAUUUCUGGCCUUGUUCAACAACCUGGAGUUGGUGACAGAGAAGUGACGACAUUUUCCCCGAGAUCGGGGGUUGCCGUUUGGCUACCUAUGAUGAAACCGAAAUACCCCUCGACGCCAUUCUGCCGGAUACUGAGGGCCAUUGUCACUUCUGUCAUCAUAAGUAAUUUAUUUGGCUAA